AGAGGAGGGAGGACGGUAGCUCGGAGCAGUCGGUCACGACGACGCCGAAGGGAGCCUACUCUGGCGCGUGCGCCACCCAGGGGUGUCCUGGGAGCCCUCGUGCGGAGCAGGACUGCCUUUCUCAUAGCACGACAUCGCUCGCCUACCGUUGUAGGCUGGCAGUUACGAUUCUUCAAGCAAGCCCUUGACAAAACCCCUGGAGGACGCCCUUACGCACCGGCUAUCGUGCACUACCAAACUUGGCAAAAUCUGCGUGACUGAAAAUGUGAGAGGGGUGGGUGGAAGCAGCACCUGUCUGGAUAGAGGCUUGGCCACGCCUCGAUGUGCUUCCGGAGCUGGGAGGCCUACAGACUUGGGAGCCACCUUCUGGUGACGAGGUGGCCAGGCACUUUGCUGAUCUGCUCUGCACAAGCUGUGGGGAUUUCGGCCACAUGCGGGACACUUGCCCGAGAGGCAACGUCAGGAGGAGGAGGAGGAGGAGGAGGAGGAGACGCGGGGGAGAGGCGGGGAGGGCCACGCGGGCAGGGCAGCCUGGCUCAGAGCCCCAAGCCCUGCCUCGGGAGCGGGAACCCUGCCUGGCCGGGUGCAGCGAGGUUGUGGAUGGCCCGACUUAAGGAUAGCCUUGGGGGGCAAGGAUGCGAGUCGAGUAUUUAUCCAUAUCCACCGCCUGGGAACCGACGUCCUGGUGCCCCAGCGGGCGGUGGAUAUGGAUAUAUGUUUCGGCCCCCGGGGGCCCGAAGAUGUGCACAUCCACCGCCUGCACAGGCUCCGAAAACUGAUCCUCCGAGGCGGUGGUCAUGUACAAUUCCGGCCUCGGAAAGGAGAAAGCAUAUUGAACUGCUGUACCCAGACAAAUCUGACUGCACAUCCCUCCCGACGUGCGCGUGAAAAUUCGCGGCGGCGGACGCCCCGUCGGGGCAGCAGCAAGGCUGCGCACGUGCUCGACAGCACAUCGCGAACGCCGAUCAAGAAAAUUACCCGAACUGGGCUACCGCAUGGGCACAUGGCUGGACACGGCGAUGCGGCUACUCACUGCCCAGAACACCUCCCAGAACCCAGUGAAAACUCGGGCAAAAAAUCGCGGCCAUGGACGCUCCGUCCCAGCACCAGCACCAAGGCUGUGGAUGUGUUCUUGCACGAGCAUCAAACGGCUAAUUCGGCUGCACACACCAAGACCGUGCGAGCAGCACAAGCUGCAUCGAUGCAGCCAUCGAACUCACUCUGAAGAAGUUCAGGGCGCUACGUAUGGCCGGCCAUCUUCGGGGCUGGCGCGAGUAAUUAACUUCAGGGGCCCCUGUGAGCGGGGUGAUGGCUGGACGUGUGGGCGGGAGGGCGGAGAAGGAAGGAGGCAGUCAGAGGAGCGGGAAGAGGAGGAGGAUGACAGAAGGGAGAGAGGAAACCACGUGCAUGAGAGCCCCACGGGCUGGGGGACCGCGCGCACGGGGCUUUCCUGGGCGGCCGCGCAGGUGCAGAUUGGUGCCAGAGCAAUGUUGGCAGACGGUGUGUCGCUCUCGCAGUUCCGGCUCGCGCACCCGCCGUACGUGGAGAAGCCGCAGGCGGCCACUGACCACGGUGGUGUUGCAGAGGCGCCUGCGCACUGCAGCGUGGCUGGGUGGAAUUGCGACGUGGGUUGGCGAUGGUACUUCCGCACUGCCACGCGAUCGGGGCAAGUGGCUGCUUAG